GGCCGGCGCCGGGAUAAGAGGCGGGGAACCCUUCGGCGGCUCGGACGGACGGUGUUCCCCGGUGCCGUGCCGUGCCGUGCCGUGCCGUGCCCGUCUCCCGGCGGGAUGGAGGAGCUCUACAGUAAGGCGGAGACCCUCGCCCUGCGGAGGAAGCACAUCGGGCCUUCCUGCAAAGUUUUCUAUGCCAAGGACCCUCUGAAGAUAGUCCGUGCUCAGGGCCAAUAUAUGUUUGAUGAGAAAGGAGAGAAAUACUUAGACUGCAUCAACAACGUUGCACAUGUGGGGCACAGCCAUCCAUAUGUGAUAAAGGCUGCAACGAAACAGAUGGAACUGCUCAAUACAAACUCCCGCUUCCUGCACGACAACCUUGUUCAGUAUGCACAGCGACUCACAGCCACCCUGCCUGAGAAACUCUCUGUGUGCUAUUUUGUUAACUCUGGGUCUGAAGCAAACGAUCUUGCUUUACGACUGGCUCGGCAGUACCGUGGGCACCAAGAUGUGAUCACCCUGGAAAAUGCUUACCAUGGCCAUGUUACAUCUCUGAUUGACAUCAGCCCCUAUAAAUUUAAUCAGCUGGGAAAGGACAGCAAGAAGGAGUAUGUGCAUGUGGCUCCUUCUCCAGAUAUCUACAGAGGGAAAUACAGGGAAGACCACCCAGAUCCAGCAACUGCUUAUGCUGAAGAGGUGAAAAAGAUUAUUGAAGAAGCACAGAAGAAUGGACGCAAGAUUGCUGCCUUCAUAGCUGAAUCCAUGCAGAGCUGUGGAGGCCAAGUAAUUCCACCUGUGGGCUAUUUCCAGAAAGUGGCAGAGUAUGUGCGUGCAGCAGGUGGAGUGUUCAUAGCUGAUGAGGUCCAGGUUGGCUUUGGCAGAGUUGGGAAGCAUUUUUGGGCAUUCCAGCUGCAAGGUGAAGACUUUGUGCCCGAUAUUGUCACCAUGGGAAAGCCCAUUGGCAAUGGACACCCUAUGUCUUGUGUGGUCACAACAAGGGAAAUUGCUGAAGGCUUUGGUGCUACUGGACUGGAGUAUUUCAACACAUUUGGAGGCAAUCCAGUGUCUUGUGCCAUUGGCUUGGCUGUGCUGGAUGUAAUAGAGAAAGAAGAUCUCCAAGGGAAUGCCACACGUGUAGGAAAUUAUCUCCUGGAGUUGCUGGCUGAGCAAAAGGAGAAACACCCCUUAGUAGGAGAUAUCAGGGGUGUUGGAUUGUUUGUUGGGGUGGAUCUGGUGAAAGAUAAGCAGAAGCGAACGCCAGCCACGGCUGAAGCCCUUCAUCUUAUUUACAAACUCAAAGAGCAUCAAAUCCUUCUUAGUGCAGAUGGACCCUACAGGAAUAUUUUAAAAUUUAAACCACCAAUGUGUUUCACAAUGGAAGAUGCAAAGCACGCAGUGGAGACACUUGAUGCACUUCUUACAGAACUGGAAGAGGCCACUGGAAUGAAGACAGAAAAUAAUACAUCUACAAAUGUGCAGUGUAAAAGAAAAACCACUGAAGAGAGCUCUCAACCAGAAGGUGCAAGUGAAAGCAUCAGCCACAUGAAUGGAGCUGCCUGCCGACAAGAAAAUGGGAUUUAUUCUAAAAAACGCUCGGUGCCAAGUAAAAGAAUAAGAACAUGAAGAGGGACAGUUUCUUCAUUCAGUCUGAAUUUGUGUCCGUCUUGCUUUUGAGAUGAAGAGUGCAAUAGUCUGAGUCCUAGGAUCUGUUUGAAGCCUAGCCAUGCCUUUCAUAAACUGGCUGAAUUCCUAUUAGCUUCACUAGGUUUAAAAUACCUUUUCAGAUACAUGAGAACUGUGCCAUGUGGCUUGAAAUCUAGAUGAGACAGAAUGGACAAGUGAUACAAAAAUACCUUGGUGCUGAUGGCAGGUGUGACAUAGGUACACAAACUUGGUAAAAACUGCAGAUUUAUCCAUAUUAUGCAGAAUCUGAUUUGCUUAACUGCCAUAAA